AUGGCUGCUACAGCCUGUAAUGGAUCAAAGGCCUCUUCUCCUGUCUUCUAUCUGGUGGGCAUCCCCUCUCUACAGGAGUCCCUCUUCCUCCCAGUCUUCUUCAUCUUCCUGUUCUUCUACCUGCUCAUCCUGGUGGGUAAUGCCCUGAUCCUGGUGGCUGUGGUGGCAGAGCCCAGCCUCCACAAGCCCAUGUACUUCUUCCUGAUCAACCUCUCAGCCCUGGACAUCCUCUUCACCACAUCCACCGUCCCCAAGAUGCUGUCCCUACUGCUACUCAGGGACCACCUCCUCAGCUUCCCUGCCUGCUUCCUGCAGAUGUACCUGUUCCACAGCUUCUCCUGCUCUGAAGCCUUCAUCCUGGUGGUCAUGGCCUAUGACCGCUAUGUGGCUAUCUGCCGCCCACUGCACUACCCUGUUCUCAUGACCCCACAAACCAAUGUUCUGCUGGCGGCCAGUGCCUGGCUCAUUGCCCUCCUCCUGCCCAUCCCGGCAGUGGUACAGACCUCCCAGAUGGCAUUUGGCAGCACUGUUCACAUACACAACUGCUUCUGUGACCACUUGGCUGUGGUCCAGGCCUCCUGCUCUGACACCACCCCUCAGACCUUCAUGGGCUUCUGCAUUGCCAUGGUGGUGUCCUUCCUCCCCCUUCUCCUGGUGCUUCUCUCCUAUGCCCACAUCCUGGCCUCAGUGCUUCGCAUCAACUCACAAGAAGGAAGGUCCAAAGCCUUCUCCACCUGUAGCUCCCACCUCCUGGUGGUGGGCACCUACUACUCAUCCAUUGCCAUCGCCUAUGUGGCCUACAGGGCUGACCUGCCUCUCGACUUCCACAUCAUGGGCAAUGUGGUGUUUGCCGUCCUUACACCAGUUCUCAACCCCCUCAUCUACACGCUGAGAAACAAAGAUGUCAAAGCAGCCAUCACCAAGAUUGCAUGUCCCCAGGACCCAGGGCAUUCUGGGAGCCCAUGA